AUGUGCGGUUUGGAGAAUGCAAUUACGGAGGCGAAGUGUUUGUUGGCAGAGAAUAAUGUGCAAGAGGCUCUGAGGCGUUUAAAACCGUUCAGAAAGUCUUUGAAGGCCGAAAACUCUAAGAACGUUGCACUGCAGCAGGUUUUUGCAGAAGCCUAUUUGGAAGCCGGAAAGGUCGACAAAGCUUACCCUCUUCUCACUCAAGCCUGUGAGCUUGACUCUGAUGGUAGAGCGGGGGGUUCCCAGAAGUUUUUCACAUUGGGUCAGAUCAUGGGUGGAGGACAAGGUAUUCAGCUUCUUAUGCAGGGAAUCGAGAGCGUCUCAGCGAUUGCUGGCGAAAUGCUGCAAGCGGAACAAGCAGAUAUGAUCGUUAGAGGGCUUUUGUCUAUGAUAGAGAUAUGGAUGACGGAUCUAUGUAUGGAACCCAAUGCCGAGGCGCAAUGCGAAGAGCUCAUUUCAAAGGCAAUGGAAGUUUCCGAUGAUAAAUCGCCUGAGGUGUGGUCAAUGUUAGGGUCGAUAAGAAUUUCGCAACAGCGGUUUUUAGAAGCAGCCUCUGCAUUUGCAUCGUCUUGGAAGUUUUUCCAAGAGAAGAAAGAAUCGAUCGAGGCUAAUCUUCAUAAUGGUCGAGGAACAUUUGCAGACUUUGUUGAGCUGCUACAACCGCUCUUAAGUUUAGCUAAAAUGUGCAUCGAGCUUGGAAUAUAUGAUCUUUCCCUCGAGAUUCUUGCCGCAGUGAGAGACAUUGACGAGGACAAUUUGGAAGGAUACUACCUUGAAGGAUUCUCACAUUACAUGAUUUGCAAAAGACAGCAAUUUGCAGCACUUAACCCCGGUGUGGUAAUUACGGCUGCGAAUGCUUAUGAAUUCAAUGAAAACCUUCAACAACAGCAACUAAGUCUGGACCACGAACCAACUCAAAGCAAUAUCAGGGAGGCACGCAUAGCUUUGACCAUGUUGGAAAAGCUUGCGGAAAAUCGGAAUGAUAUAGACGACGUCAUUCAAGAGCUUCUUUCCGGUGCACGUGUGAUUCUGCCAGAGAUUGGAGGUCGAGUAGAUGUCCGUGAGUUGAAUGACAUAAGAAAAGGUGAGGAGGUGGAUGACGAGGAAGAAGUAGAUUUAGAACUUAAGGUCUGA